AUGAGUGCCCAUGGCUGCCUGCGGCUCCUGUUCCUGUUCGGUGCCAACGUAUUGGCAGGUAUUCUGCUGACGUCAGCGACCGAAACCGGACACGGCCCCGAGGGCGACGGCGGCGGCGCGGAAGAGCUCCACAGCAGCAGCAAGCUGCCGCCGGCGUUUGUAUCGCUUCCGACGGUCGCCACACCGGCCUACCGAGAAGCUUCCGGUGGUUUCGGUUUGGGCCCACCGGCCCACCACCCGGCAUCCCGGGCGGAAGUGGCCGACGUGAACGCGUUCGUGGCGGCCGACAUCAUUAACCUCGACCGGGACGGGGCCGUUAGCUUUAUCCCGCGCCGCGACAUACGCUACCAGCGGGCAGUGCCGCCGGAGUACGCAGGGGCGUCCGCCCUGCCGCACUGCGAAACGUUCACGAUGGGCGAUCCCGACUCCAAAACGCUCUACAACCCGGGGUGGCCCGGCAACUACCCGAACAACAGUGACUGCGUCGUGGUGCUGGAGGCACCGAUCGGGUUCCUGGUCCGGCUGGACUUUCGGGACCACUUCUACGUCGAACCGUCCGAGGAGUGCAAGUACGACUUUCUGGAGAUUCGCGACGGAGCGCACGGAUUCUCGACGCUCAUCGGCAAGUACUGUGGCCAAACGUACCCACCGAUGAUCACCUCCAGGGAGCGGUUCCUGUGGCUCCACUUCCACUCGGACGAAAACAUCGAGUACAACGGGUUCGUCGUGGUGUACGAUUACGUCCCACGGCCGACGUCAUCCAUCUACGAUGACGAAAGCUGCCGCAUGGAAGUGUCCGGCAUGGAGGGUUUCGUCAAUCGGUCCGAUGUGCCACGCGAAAAGCAGCUAACCGUGAUCGAGCACGGCCUCUCGCUCGACUGCAUGUGGGUUGUCACGGUGGCCGAUGGCUGGAAGAUUCAAUUGUCGUUCCUGAAGUUUAAGCUCGAGCGACCGAACGAUUGCGAAAGCAACUUCGUCGACGUGUUCACCGAGCGCACGGAUCUACCCUCGAGACUGAAAAACUUUUGCGGUUCCAUUGCGGAUUCGGUCGUUUCGCGCUCGAACGUAGUUCACAUCCGGUUCUUCGCCGAAGCGGCCGCCGUCAACUCCACGUUCUCCAUUCUGUUCACCGCGUUCCGCGAGAAGGCGGCCGGCGAGACUUGCGAAGACACCGAGUACGACUGCGAGGAUGCGACGUGCAUCUCGGGCGACUUGCGCUGCAACGGCCGCAUCAACUGUCGGUUUCGCUGGGACGAGGAUGAGUGUCAGAAAGCGGCCGCUGCCCAGUCGGAGCACGUCAUCAUCAUCGUGAUCGUGUUCGGGCUGAUCCUGGGCGGGAUGAUACUGCUGUUCCUAUUCAACUGCAGCCGGAAGAUCAUCCGCGAUCACAAAAUCAUUCGCGAGCACAUACGGCAGUCGCGCGAAAGCAAACUGAACGAACUCGGCCGCCAUUCGACGAAGAAGCUGGUCGACCUGGACAUCACCAAGCUGCCACCGCCCGCCUUCGACAAGGAACCGAUCAACAUCCUCGAGACUAGCCUCAACGGGAGUGGGGGCGGCGGUGGCGGAGUGGGAGCUGGUAACACGAACGUCUCCGGCGGUUACUACCGCGAGAUGAGUGGCGGAGGUAGCGCCGGAAGUGGAGGACCCAUGUUUAGCAGUAGGAUAGACAUCAAGGCUGAGCCGCAGGAUAUCCUGCGAGGUGGCAGCUACCUCGAGGACCCCCUGUCGCGGUCCGGGACACUGGGCCGUGACGGUAGCGGCGGGAUGUGUGAUAUGGCCUGUCAGACAAGGGAGUCACUCUUUCAGCCAGUUUUUAAGAAUAAAGUUAACCAAGCGCCCAACCAGCUACCGAACAGCAUACGAUUUUCCACCUUCGGGUACGAGAGUCAGCAGCAGCAGCAGCAGCCACCGCAGGAGCAUCAGCCUCAGCAGCUUCCGGCGGUCACACCUCCGCCGCCGCGGGUGAAACACCAUCAUCACCAUCACCACCACCAUCACGGCGGUGGAACGCUCGAGGGCAAAAGCAUCAAGCUGAACCGGCUCGAGCUGGAGGACCACUCGCCGGGCGUCCACGAGCCCGGGUUCGACGACCGUCACGACGAGGAUCACCAUCAGCUGCACGGGGGUCACUCGCAUUCCCACACGCAUACGCACGGUGGCCACGGCCACCAGCAUCCGCACGGGCAGAAAAUCGUGCUCGAAUCGGUGAGGCCAAUGGGGGCCGACAUCCGGAAGUCUGCCCCGGACGUCAUCAUCAUGACCUCGUCCCAUUGA